GGGAGACGCGUGUGGGUGGGGGCUGCGUAGGUGAAUGGAGAGAUGUCGGAUCGAGCGUUGGUUGUGAAACUAGCGCGCGAAUAGAGAAUCAAUAUUGCGCGCUGUUGCGUCUCUCUGCCCAUCUCUCGACACCUCAACAAGUCGUCAUCGCCCAGUCAGUCUCCCAGUCUCGCCCGGCUCUUCCUCGCCCGCCGCUCCGCUCCACUCCAGCAUGCUCGGCCUCCGGCGCCUCCUCGCCGUCUCCGGCCGCCACGCGCCGGCGUUCGCCUCCGCCUCUGCGGCCUCCUCCCACAGCGCCUUCUUCGUCCGCGCCCUCCAGAUCCUCACCCAGCAGGGGCCCGUCCGCCUCCAGAAGCUCUCGGCGCCCGACUCUGGGAUCGUGGAGCUGUGGCUGGAGCGGCCGGAGGCCAAGAACGCCGUAGGGAAGGAGAUGCUCCACGGGCUGCGGAGCGCCAUCGAGGAGGUGGAGGCCGACGCGGCGGCCAACGUCGUCUUGGUGGCCAGCUCCGUGCCCAGGGUCUUCUGCGCGGGCGCCGAUCUCAAGGAAAGGAGGUUAAUGGGCCCUACUGAAGCUCGGGACUUCGUUAACUCCUUAAGAUCUACAUUUUCAUCCAUUGAGACACUAUCAAUUCCUACAAUUGCUGUUGUCGAAGGAGCUGCUUUCGGUGGCGGUUUAGAAUUGGCUCUUUCAUGCGAUCUUCGCAUAUGUGGGAAGGAUGCAAAAUUCAGCUUGCCAGAGACUGGCCUUGCUAUUAUUCCUGGAGCUGGGGGAACACAACGCCUUCCUAGGAUUGUUGGAAGGUCCAGAGCAAAGGAGCUAAUAUUCACUGGUCGUAGAUUCGAUGCGGCGGAAGCUGUAACUAUGGGAGUAGUAAACUACUGUGUACCUGCUGGCGAAGCUUAUCAAAAGGCUCUUGAACUUGCACGGGAGAUAAAUCAGAAAGGUCCGUUAGCGAUAAAAAUGGCCAAGAAGGCCAUCAAUCAAGGGGCAGAGGUAGACAUGACCUCGGCACUGGCUGUUGAAGAAGAAUGCUACGAGCAAGUCCUGCACACUCAGGAUCGUCUUGAAGGUCUAGCAGCAUUUGCGGAGAAAAGAAAACCUGUAUACACAGGAAAGUAGGGCUUUAGAUGAUCUUAAUUAAAUUCAUAAUACUCCUAAUAGCAGCGGAAUGAUGCGUCCACAUUCAUAUUUCUGUAAAAUUCAGAAAAAUAAAGCUGCACCUCAGCAUCUGGGAUGCUACCUAUUUCGAAGUGAAUUUGGCUGCGGCGUUGAACUUUA